AUGACCGCCUCUACACUUAACAAGGCGAACGCACUAGCAUCAUUUGUUCUUCAAUCGGCACCCUAUCCAUACGCUGAUCUUGUCCAAGGUCUUUCAAACUUCAAAGCUUCGGACGCUAUUAAGUCGAUCUCUGUGCUGACCUGGAUAGUUCCCAGUCACAUGAUGUAUCCUCGUCCCUCAUCGACAGUCUAUGCUACCACACGUUCUGGGAAAGACCGGAAAUCAGCUUUCGGCGAAAAGACUCUAAUAGCAGCCAAGUUCGAAGAGUGUCGUGAAACUUUACAAAGCGUCUGUACGAUUUGCGAAAAUCUCAAGAGAAACCACCCUGAGAUUGAACUUGAUAUUUCCGAUCAAGUUUUGACAUCAUUCCAAACCUGGGGCAAUGACAUCGGGGCCUCCAGUUACUAUCUGGACCGAAGUCUACGGCUGAAUCAAAGGCUUCGUGACCAGGUUCUUGUGCUAUUGAAUGUCUUUCAAGAUGAACUUAGACAAGACAUUGAAGCUCUCCAGUACAUAACCUACCAACGGAACGAAACAGAGUUGGCUGACCAUCCUUUUGACGAUGAUUUGGGUCUACAAAGCCCACUGCAGCAGACCGAAGGCACACGCAUAGCUGUCGAAAUCCAAGAGGUUUUACUUUGUGCUGAGGAGACGCUGGAGCAGCUCAAGUCUCUCAAUCCUGCCCUGAGAGAGGCUUAUCCAGACGACCUAAAUGGCGGCUCUGGAAGCUUGAAUGCUUCCAGCGACCGACUAGAGAAUCCAUCGCGUUACCAUGUAGAGUUGACAAGAUCAAUGUUUCCUGGAGCAUCAAAAGUUUUGAUUGAAAGACUUGGACGAGCCAACUGGAUACGACAACAAUCUCUGGGUGUUGUGCGGGAGAGAAGGGCUAUUGGUAUGAGCACUAGGGCCAAGGUCCCUAAACUUGGUCUUCGGCAGGGCCCCCGGCGUGAUGUCGCUGUUGACGUAUUCAACUUCCAGCAGCCAGCCCUCAAGGGCGGCAGCGAUCACACGAAAGCCUCGGUCCCUCGAAUUGAAGAGACUCCGGAAAGACCGCACAAGCACGACUCUAUCUUUGCCUCGAACCACAGCUCUUCUUCACAUGCAGAGGUUUCCGUUGCACCACCCCUCCUCUCUCGCCCCCAUUUCUCUCGCGCAGCAUCCUUCACUUCUUACGCGCAGUCCACGGCUCGGAAGCCAGGUCCACCACCUUUUAUACAGGGGCCCGAUCAUCGAGAAGUACCAUUACCGCCUAGAUCCUUGGAUGGUCAGCCAUUCACCUGUCCGUAUUGCUGUUUUGAGGUUAAUCUAUACAAUGAGUUGACAACCACUGAAGAUUGGCAAGCUCAUGUGUUUGAAGAUUUACUCGCUUAUGUCUGCACUUUCGAUCAAUGCGACAGGAGCCGCAAAGCAUACGGUACGCGGGACGAGUGGUACCAUCACGAGCUACAGUGUCAUCUUAUACCGCAGGUGUGGAAUUGCGAGCCUUGUCAGAAGGAAUUCAAGACCAAGUCAGACUUGAAACAACAUUUCUUGAACUCACACUCAACUGACUUCUCACCGGAUGAAGCGACUCAAAUGGUGUCGUUCCUAAGGCCGAUUCAUUCUCGCGAGCCAUUCUCGCGAGAAAGAUGCCCACUGUGUCCGUGUCCGUUGGACCCGGCACAGAUGAAGGAGCACAUAGCAGGGCACUUGGAGCAAUUGGCUUUGACAGCUGUGUGUGGGGAGGAGCCUACGGAAGAAGAUGACAGCGAUGAUAUCAUGUCUCAAAGCGCUAGCGACACCAUGUCCGAGAGGGAAACUAAAAUACGGAUGCUGCAUGCCUUUGCUGAAGAGCAAGGCGCACACUUCGGACAACGUCCAAAACCGGCCGAAAACAUCGAUGAAAACGAUAUCGCUGAUGUUUCGGACGAGGACGAACCGUUAUCGGACUACUCUAGGGCAGCUGGGGGUCAAUUACCCGGUUCCUCGGGUGCUUGGAGAGUGCAGGAGUUGAUGAGUGAUGGCACUCGUCCGAGCCGCCAUGUCGAACAAAGCUCAGGACGAAUCCUUCAUCGACCUCGAUCUGACACUGACUCGACACAGAGGUUUCCACUUGUCGAAACAAGAACCUUUCCCAAAGAUGAAGGUUUCAAAGGACGUGAAAAAGAGCUGGCCAAUCUCUACAAGAUACUAUCAGAACCUGGCCGGGUAUAUGUUCUGAGUGCCGAGGGUGGCAUGGGGAAAACAACUCUGGCCGCUGAGUUCACAUACAGAUACGAGCAGUCUUUCGAGUACAUAUUCUGGGUUCAGGCUGAGACACAAGUUGGUGCUUCAGAAACCUUCAAUCAGAUUGCUCUUGUACUAGACCUAGCAGCACCUGGCACUGAUCAAGAGGAGCUUACGAAAAUCGGGCGUGAGUUUUUGGAAAACACCAAGAAGCGAUGGCUGAUGGUUCUCGACAACGUGGAGAAGUGGGAAAAUAUUGACGGGUUCACGCCAAUGAAAACAUCAGCGACAACCGGAAGUAUUCUGAUCACCACGAGAUACCAAGGGCUCACAGCACCAUCAAGGCCAAUCAACUACUAUCGGAAGACACUCGAGGAGCUGCCAACGGAGGAGGGAAGGGAACUUCUGCUUCACGGGCUUCCCCUGGAUCUUCGCCCGUCCAGUUACUCCCUGAGAGAUCCCGAGUACAAGGCCGCGGGAGAUCUGGCAACUCUAGCCGGCUUGCCAUUGGUAAUUGUUCUGAUCACUGGGUACAUGAAGGCAAUGAAUUGUAAGCCGUCUGAGUUUGCCACCUACUGGGAUUCGUGGUGGAUGGACAAUAAUCCAGGCUCUGGUCCAGAAGACCAGAAAACCACCAAGGGGAAGCUUGACACAAUCAUGAAAAUUUCCACGGAGGAUCUCAGCAGCGAUGCAAACAAGGUGCUCCGGAUAUUGUCUUUCUUAGACAGCGACGGAGUUCCAAAAGACCUUUUGGUCGUUGAGAAAGGUCAGAGUGGGCCGCCAUAUUUACAAGCCUUCAGGAUCGAGAAAAUCUUGAGUCAGUUGAUUUCCAAGCACUUCAUCUCUGAGAAGACACAAGACAACAAAAAGAUGUACAUCGUUCACCGAUCUGUGCAGAUCAGAAUCUCCCGAGAGCUUCACAAGAAGACUCGACAAGCUGAGGAGCUGUUCAAACUGACUGUCGAGUUGGUCCGUCGACGGCUCCCGCGGCCUUCUUUGGACUUCCCAGACCAACAGAAAUGGAGCCAUUUCAAGGAAUACUUGCCACAUGUUGCGACCCUCCAGAAGAUUUAUUCCGAUCAGGGUACGGUUAUCGCUUUGACACCUUUCGUCGAACUUGCCGAGUUGUUCAAGGAUGGCGGAGUGUUCCUGUGGCAAAGGUUCCUCCGAAAUGACGCCAUGCGGCUUCUGUUGGCUGCAGAGAGAAUCCUCGACCAACUGGAAACGAAUCACGAUGAGCUGAGAGCUGAGAUCCACGUUACAAUGAACCUCUUGCUCCAAUAUCUUGGUAUUUCCCGUCGCAAGGAAAUUAGUGAGCGGGCGAAGAAGAUACUAGACUUCAACCAAAAUCGUGCAAGGCAGCUGGAAGCUUCAGGCAAGCUCAGCGAUGUGGACAGGAUCCGAGUCAUCAACGCUUUCGCGGACUACGCCAACUCAUUGCUCCAGGGCAACGACUUCAAAGCUGCCGAGUCGAUCUACAAAGGCUGUCAUGAACGACUGCUUACCAUCACCUCUGAAGAAUCGGAUCCCUUCUCCUUUGCAAAGCUUGCCCAUCACAUGGCUUAUUGUAGUAUGUAUCGGCACGAUUUCGGGGAAGCCAUCCUGCUUGCCGAGAGGGCUAUUCGACUCAUGCAAGUAUUUGGCGACAAGUUGCUUGUUCUGCGAUUUCAGUUCGACCUUGCCUGCAUCGUGCUGCAGAGUGGCGACUUGAAGGGCUCCCUAGACCAGCAUGAGAUUAUCCUAGCUGAGAGGAUUAGGCUUCAGGGUAAAGACAGCUACUUCACUUUACAAAGUCAGUAUGCUGUGGGUGCAUUGUAUUCCUAUCUAGAAAGAUGGAACGACGCCGAGUGGCAGGUCAACAACGCCUUGCAGAAAGCCGAAGGUAAGCCGGGGAAAAGUGUCUGGUCAGAUGCUGCGACCGCGAGAGCCAAGUUCCAUCUAUCCCAAAUAUUGAAAGCGCAGAAUGGUGGCAAGAUGUCAAAGGAUGCAGAAAAGCUAGCCCAAGAAGGGAAGGACGUGUUAUCAAAGCUACUUGUGUAUGAUGACAUCUCUGGAGUCGAGGAGGAAGAUACACUAGCACUGUUCGAUCAUUUGCAGCCGGUCUUCGGAGGACGUUGGACGGGAAUGAGUCUUUUGAAACUGGCAGCUCCCAAAGCAAAUGCUCACUUCAGGCCUCCUGUUCGCCGAGGAGGGCAAGGUGCGCGGUCAUGUAGUCAUGUCGGUGCUGCAAAGAUCCUCUGCUUGCAGCCCCUUGAAAGCAGCCUCGGAAAUCUAUCCCGCCCUCUCCACGGUCCAUGUCGACAAGACCGCCUCGCCAGGGUGACAUGUGACUAUGGAUUCGCCAACAGCGAGGUUGGUUCUAGCUGCGCCGUGUGGCAUCCGCAAUGCCCAGCCGGCGAUGAGUGA